CGCCGAAGUUCACUAGAAUGGCAUUAUUGGUCAAUCUCAUGUCGUGUCCGCCUUAACAAUCUCAGCUUUCGCUCGAGUGUGGACCCAACCUUCAGCUAUACACCACACCACGUUAGCCGAGCACCACUCGAUCCCCUCUUCAGACCUGUGCUACUAACUAGAGACAACGGAAACAGAAUGUCUACUUCUUCGGGUCUGCUCUAUGCAGCCUCAAGAAUCAAUCCUCCAUCGAAAAUAUCAGCAGAUGUCUUCAACGCCUGGUAUGAUGGCGUCCAUGUGCCUGAUGUCCUUAAGACCUCAGGAAUCAACACCGCAGUUCGCUAUGAAACGGCUGUAGUGCCCCAAGACAGUUCCCCGUGGGCGUUCCUUGCUCUCUACCCUGUUCCAGACAUUGAGUUCUUAAACACGGAGGAGUUCGCGAGCAUUCCAGCGACUAGUGAUGCUCUGCCGGGGCCAACACACAGUUGCAUGGAUAUAGCGCAGUUCGAUAUCAGGCGAUACCGCGAGGUCGGGAAGCGACACGACUUGGAUAUGUCAACAGGACCAACGUCUCAUCUUCUUACUGUGGAAUUUGACUUGCCUUCACACAUUGACAUUUCUGAUGACCAGGCUGUACUGGACUGGUUCUGCGGGAUAUACAGUGCUGGCACGCCUCAGCGGGUUGCCAUUCAUGAAGUCUUCUGGGCUAUGUUGUACCCGAACGAGAAACCAGCAGAGGUGCCACGUUGUUUGGCUGUGCUCGAAUUCCACGGCGAUGAGAAUGUGUACAACGAAGCCAUCAAAGAGAUCCAAUUGGUUGCGAAGGUUGGCCAAUGGAAACUGCACAAGGCCUUUGGCUGGCCAUAAGUUGUCUGCUGAAGACCCGACUUUAACGUUAAUUCAAUGCUAUAUCUUUAUUAUUGAACGUACUAUGGCUGUGUCUGUUGUUGGUAUCUUGCGUUCUAUGUCUGGGUUACUUGUUGUGUUCCGGAGUAGUGAAAUAUGUCUCAAAUUUAUGGAGGCCACAGGAUCUUGACGCCCUGAGUUUUGCCGCUUAGACGGAGGACCCGUCAAGUCUAAAC